AUGUACGUGGGCUAUGUGCUGGACAAGGAUUCUCCGGUCUACCCCGGCCCCGCCAGGCCCGCGAGCCUCGGCCUGGGCCCGCAAGCCUACGGCCCCCCGCCCGCGCCCCCUGGGCCCUCGCAGUACCCCGACUUCACCGGCUACUCUCACGUGGAGCCGGCCCCCGCACCCUCUGCGGCCUGGAGCGCGCCCUUCUCUGCGCCCAAGGACGACUGGGCCGCCGCCUAUGGCCCAGGCCCUGCGGCCCCCGCCGCCAGCCCAGCCCCGCUGGCAUUCGGGCCCCCUCCGGACUUUAGCCCGGUGCCCGCGCCCCCUGGGCCUGGCCCAAGCCUCCUGGCGCAGCCCCUCGGCGGCCCGGGCGCACCGUCCUCGCCCGGAGCGCAAAGGCGGACGCCCUACGAGUGGAUGCGGCGCAGCGUGGCGGCGGGAGGCGGCUGUGGCAGCGGUAAGGACCCCUCCUUUGCCCUGAGCCUUUGGAAGGUUCCCCUGGGCACCGGCAGUUGUUGCUUCCUCCUGAUCAGGCAGCUUUGGAGAUGGAUGGUGAGGUGGCAGCUGGGAGAGGUCCAGAUGGAGGAGGAGUUCCUCAGGAGCAAGGACCUGGAGAGGCCAGGCCAGGCCGUGUGCCUCCAAGGAGAAGACAUGGCAGGGGACGAUGCCAGGGUGGCCUGGGAGGAGAGGGUGCAGUGCCAGCUGAGGGCUGUGGCUGGGAAGGAGGGCGACAGUGGGGAGGAGAAGCUGGCCUAA